UCCCGUGCAGUGCAUUCUGGCCGUUGCGCGGUGCAUUGUGGUUACACCGGCCGAUCGCUGUCCCUGGUUGUUGUCUAGUGAUUGUGAUGGUGGAUAGGAGAGUCUACGCUGCUCGGAGCUGCCGUGUUUCGACUUACAGUUACUCAUAACGUCGUUGCAGCGUUAAACUACCGAUGAGCCUGGUUUCCCCGCUGCCCUGAUGCCAUGGCCUCCAGCCGCAGCUCCUCUUCAGUGCCUCGCCCCGGCGGCGGCGGCGGCGGCGGCAGCGGGAGCGGCGGCCAUGCGCUCUUCAGGAAGGACCGGGACAGAGACUCCGCCCCCCGACACUAUAAGCCCACCCGCUCGCUGCCCGACGUCUGCCCCAUGGAGCCCACAGGUGAUGCUGGGAGGCUGUGCGACGGGCCGUCGGUGGUCGCCGACCAGCACAGGUGGACCGUGUACAACUCCAAGGUCAACCUGCCCGCUGCACUGAACGACCCCCGGCUGACCAAGAGGGAGUCGGACUUCUUCACCAAAACCUGGGGCCUGGACUUCGCCGAGACCGAGGUCAUGCCCGCCCACUACCUCCCCAACAUCACCAAGGAGCACUUCUUCGGCUACCUGCAGGAGACCUCCCAGAGAGAGAAAAUCCAUGAAAGGUGCAAGAACAUCUGUCCUGUGAAGGAUGAACUCGAUUCAGCCUCCAACAUCACAAACAACCACGAUAAAUCACGGACAGAACUGGAGCAGGUGCCUAAGAUCUUCAUGAAGCCGGACUUUGCGCUGGACGACCCGGCGACGUUCAACGCCGUGCUGCCGUGGUCGCACUUCAGCAUCGCCGGGGGCAAGGGCUCCCGGGACGUGGCGUCGUCACGGCUACUGCAGGAGAAGCUGAGCCACUACCUGGACGUGGUGGAGGUGAGCAUUGCGCGGCAGAUCUCCCUGCGCUCCGAGGCCUUCUUCCACGCCAUGUCGUCGCAGCACGACCUGCAGGACCGGCUGCGGGAGACGGCGCGGGCGGUGGCGGCGCUGCGGGAGCGCAUGGCGGCGGUGGAGCGCGCCCUGUGCGAGGGCCCGCUGCGGGUGCUGCGCCAGGCCGUCGCCCGCGGCAACUGCGUGCGGCUGCAGAACAAGCUGAAGCUGAUGGCGGCCGUGCACCAGACGCAGCCCACCGUGCAGCUGCUGCUCUCCACCUCCGAGUUCGUGGGCGCCCUGGAGCUCAUCGCCACCACGCAGGAGGUGCUGCAGCAGGAGCUGCAGGGGGUGCUCAGCUUCAGGCACCUGGGCUCCCAGCUCUGUGAGAUGGAGAAGCUCAUCGACAAGAUGAUGAUCGCCGACUUCAGCACCUACGCCCGGAGCGACCUCAACCGGCCCCUGGAGGAGGACGUCCAGGUCCUGGAGAAGGACCGGCUGGAGUCCCUGGUGUUCGGCCUGCUGCGGCAGAGGAAGCUGGACUUCCUGGAGAUCUACAGCGAGGAGAUGAUCAUGGCCGCCAAGGGCAUCGUCAAACAGUGUGUCUUGAACACGGUGUCGCAGAUGGAGGAGAUCGACACGGAAACGGUAGUGAAGCUGGCGGACCAGAUGAGGCUCAUGACCUUUGUGCAGUGGUUCGAGCUUCUGAGGAACGUGUUCGAGAACUUCAACCUCUUCCUGAAGCGGAUCAAGGCCACGCUGAACGUGAUCCGGAACGUGGUGCUGGAGGUGCUGGACAGCAGCCAGCGGGGCAAGCUGGCGGAGGCGGCGGUGGCAGAGUGCCGUCCGGGCCCCCCGGGGCCCCCCCAGCCCCGGGACUCUGACGUGGCCUACCUCACCCACGAGGGCCUGUUCAUCAGCGACGCCUUCGGCGAGCCCGAGGCUCCGCCCCCCGGCCCGGACGCCCGCCCCGCCCCCAGCGCCCCCCGCGCCCCGCCGCAGCCGCGCGGCGAGCCCUCCUGCGGCAGCGACUCCGCCUCCGGCACCACCGAGUCCUCCUCCAGCCGCGGAAUCACGGUGAGCGAGGACAUGAUGCCCUCGGACCUGGAGCUGGGCCGGGUGGCGGGGAACGUCCAGGAGCUGCUCUACACCGCCUCGGACGUCAGCCACGACCGCUGCGUCAAGUUCCUCAUGGCGCGGGCCAAGGACGGGGCCCUGGAGCGGCUCAGCUCCUCGGAGUUCGUGUGCCUGUCCCAGGCCGUGGAGCAGUUUGUGCGGGACACGGAGGAGCUGUGCCACCGCCGCAGCGUCUCCCUGCAGGGGGCGCUGCAGAGCCAGGCCAACCGCUUCGUCCACCGCUUCCACGAGGAGCGCAAGACCAAGCUCAGUCUGCUGCUGGAUAAUGAGCGCUGGAAGCAGGCUGAGGUUCCGGCGGAGUUCCAGGACCUGGUCAACUCCAUCGCCGACGGCAGGAUCAGCCUUCCAGACAGGAAGCACACGGGUACAGAAGACAGGAAGCCGAGUGAGUACUUGACUGUGGAUGGGCAGAAGUAUGCUGUCGUUGGCACGGUGCUGCUGCUGAUCCGGAUCUUCCUGGAGUACUGCCAGUGCGUCAACGACAUCCCUUCCAUCGCCACGGACAUGCUGACGCGCCUCUCCGACCUGCUCAAGCAUUUUAACUCGCGGAGCUGCCAGCUGGUUCUGGGGGCGGGGGCUCUGCAGGUGGUCGGCCUCAAGACCAUCACUACGAAGAACCUGGGUAUGUCACUCACUUCAGCUUCGGUGCGAACGGCGUCGGCCCCGCGUGCGUUAGGGCCACAAGUGCCUGUGAGCGCGGUGCAGUGUUCCAGCUCCGCAGAUCUGACUCCGCCCCCCCCACCUCCUUUGACCAGCUCUGCUGCCCAAGCGUGCAGCCUCUCAGCAUUUGACCACAUCCAAGCACACUGCAGCAUCCUCAGGCACUUUGACCACAUCACCAAGGACUACAACGACCACAUAGCCGAGAUCUCCGCUAAGCUGGUGGCCAUCAUGGACAGUCUGUUUGAGAAAGUGUUGUCUAAGUACGAAGUGAAGGCCCCGAUGCCGUCAUCCUGUUUCCGUAACGUGUGCAAACAGAUGGCCAAAAUGCACGAAGCCAUCUACGACCUGCUGCCCGAAGAACAGACACGGAUGCUGUUCUUAAGAAUCAACGGCAGCUUUAAGCUCCACCUCAAGAGGCAGCUGUCGCGACUCAACGUGGUCAACGACGGAGGCCCUCAACACGGGCUGGUCAUGGUGGAUGUGGCGUUUUUCACGGGGCACAUCCAGACCCUCCGGUCACUGGAGGCCCUGGACCUCAACAUGGCGGAGAUCUGGGAGCAGAAGAGGUGAUGAAGCGGCCUUUUCCUGCCGGAGGAACCCAAACGGACUGAACCGGACCUCGCCCCCCCCAUCGCCCCGCCCCGUCACCCUCCUGCACUCUUUAACCCGGUAACUGUUGCCGGGGCCCCCGUGCGAGGAGAGGAGGGAGGGGAGAGGCACCCAAGCGUUCCCCAAAAGCCCAGGGAGAGGGAGAGAGUUGUUCAUGUGUGGAGCUAAUCAUGGAUACGCACACACACACACACAGACAUUCACACACACACACACACACACACAACAAACACAUCAACCACACACACACA